AUGAAAUUAAUAGUUGUUCCUACAUAUACGUAUAAUCCUGCCAAAUCAUUAGAUUUCACUUCCCACUUAAAUCCCAAACCUUAUUUAGGUUAUGGAUUUGAAAAUCAAAUAAAUGAACAUAAAAAAUUAAAAAAAAUAUCAGAAGGUGAAGAAAGGGAAUUAAGAGAUAGAUGUAUUGCUUUUGUAACUUAUAUUAUAAAACAAUUUCAGCAAAGACUGCCCGAUAAUAUAAGCAUGUUGGAAAAAAUUGAAAUACUAUCUCCAAGUAAUACAUUGAAACAAAUAAAAGAUAAUAUUAGUCCAAUAUGUGAGUUUUUUGGAUUUCAAUAUAAAGAAAUUGAAAAAAUUGAUUUACAGUGGCCCAACAUUAAUUUAUUAAACUGGAAGAAUACUAAUUCAGCUGUAGAGUUUUGGAGUGAAGUGUAUUCAUUUCAAGACUCUGCAAGUAAUAAUCCAUUUAAAGAAUUAGCCAACUUGGCAUUUACUGUUUUAUGUAUACCUUGGUCCAAUGCAGCUUGCGAACGAGUGUUCAGCCAAAUGAAUUUGAUAAAAACAAAGUUAAGGAACAAAAUGAAAUCCCCAAUGCUAAUAAGUUUACUUCAUAUAAGAUCUGGGUUAAAGAGGAAUAAAAAGUGUUGUCACAAUUUUGUAUUACCAGAUACUGUUAUUAAAAAAAUUGGUACAAAUGAUGUAUAUAAUGUUGAAACUGAGUUAAAUGACAAUGAUGAUGAUAAUAUUAUAAGUUUUGCAGACUUUCAAAUUUAA